GACCAGCCGACUAGAACUUGUCAUGGCGGUCAACCUAACGAUUUUGGCGGCCGACUUCGCCACCUUACAGAAGAACAGCGACCAACUGUUUCUACUUAUCAUGGGGUGUAUGGUGUUCUUGAUGCAGUCCGGUUUCGCGUUCCUGGAGGCCGGCUCCGUCAGGAGUAAAAACACCACCAACAUCCUCAUCAAGAACAUGCUCGACAUUUUCAUCACGGGCCUGUGUUACUGGAUGUUCGGGUAUGCCUUCGCGUUCGGCCAGGUCGGGAACCCGUUCAUCGGACACUCCGACUUCUUCGCCGGGAGUCUGCGGCUCUCGCCCGACCCUGCCUUCUGGUUCUUCCAGUUUGUGUUCUGCGCCACCGCCACCACCAUCGUGUCGGGGGCAAUGGCCGAGAGGACAGAGUUCGUCUGUUACCUGGUCUACUGUGUCGUCAUCGGAGGCUUCAUGUACCCGGUAGUGACGCACUGGGCCUGGUCUGACGUGGGCUGGCUGGCGAACGGGCCCGACGGCAUAGUGUACAAGGACUUCGCAGGCAGCGGAGUGGUGCAUGUGGUGGGCGGAACCACUGCGUUUGUGGGGGCGAAGCUGCUGGGUCCGCGGAUCGGCCGCUUUAAGGACGGGAAGGCUGUGCAGAUCUCUGGGCACACCGUGCCGCUGGUGGCCCUCGGUGCCUUUAUCCUGUUCUUCGGGUUCCUGGCGUUCAACGGCGGUUCGCAGGCCUCCAUCUCCGGCCCUCGGGACGGACAGAUCGUCUCUAACGCCAUCGUCAACACCAUCAUCUCAGGGGCUGCCGGAGGUGUUGUGGCGAUGAUGGUGAAGCGGUCCGGACUGUUUGGUGAUGUGAACUGGAGUCUGCUGACCUCCAUCAACGGAGCACUUUCCGGCAUGGUUGCGAUCUGUGCAGCCGCGGACGCAGCGUACUCCUGGGGCGCGCUGGUCAUCGGGGUGGUGGCCGGCAUGGUCUACUGCGCAUGGUCCAGGCUCGUGGUCAAGCUGGGCGUGGAUGACCCUCUGGACGCCGUAGCAGUUCACCUGGGCGCUGGACUGUGGGGUGUUCUGGCCGCGCCGAUCCUGGCUAGCGAUGUCGGACUCGUCGGAGCAGACAAGCAAUAUGCCCUCAGGCUGUUCGGAUGGAACCUGCUGGGAGCCCUGGUGAUCAUGGCGUGGUGCGUGGUGGUGGCCGGUCUCAUGUUCGGCCUGCUCAAGGUGUUCGGCAUACUCAGGGUCCCCACCGAGAUCGAGCUAAGGGGUCUUGACAUCCCCAAGCACGGGGAGCCGGCCUACCCGACCGAGAGUUACGGGCACGGGUGGACCAUGAUGCCUCCGGACCACAGCCCGGACAUGUACGGCGGCCCGGACGGCAAGAUGGAGUUCUUCCCGCAGCCGAUCCGCCUCGACAACGUACCCCGUCCCUCGUCCCGCCCUCCUUCCCGCGGAAGCGGGCGUUACGUGUACAACCCCCACUCCCUGCCGCAUGGUGCCUACAUCAACCACGGAGCUGUCGUCCAGAACAGCCGCAUGUGA